AUAACUCAGUGAUUUCCCAUGUGACUUAAAUUACAAGCAAAAUACCUUAUAGUAUACUUCAGUUACCAUUUAGUUGGUUGAAUAACUAGUAAUUAUUGAAGUGAAUGCCGGAGUAAAGAUGAUACCAAAAUUAGCGUUUUGUUUCUUGUUUACAGUGAUUGCUGCAAAACCAUCUUUGGAUUCCUCAGAAAAUCCCAAACAUAACAAAGCCAUCCAGAGUUUGGAAGCUCUUGACAAAGUGCUUAAAGUGUUUGUUGACCAUUCAACAUCCAUCCAGGAAUUAGCAGCAGCUAAGUCAAUGGAGUUGAAACAAUCUUUAGAAACUUUUCCAGAAGAAUGUUCCUUCAAACAUUCCACAGAUAUCGAAAUCAACGAGAGGCUUUUGUUAGCCAAAUACUACAACUGCAGUGUCUCCACUCUUCUGAAGGAUUUUGCCUCCCUUGGAAUUGACUCGGCCACAUACGUCUACGGCAUUUACAAAGAUACAACUGAUAUUGCUGCUGACAUCUUAGCCUGUACUAGUGCUGGGUUCAAUCCCUUCACUUUUAUUGUCUGUAUUGUUAGAGCAGCACGUGUUAUCCCAUCUGACAUCAGUGACAUUAUUUACCAGACUGAAAACUACUCUAGUAUACUACGUGAUUUGCUGCCACAGAUCGAGCAUGGAAUUAAAGCAUGUUUUCAUAAAACAUCAAGUUUUCAUAGUAAAUAUAUUGAAGAUGUGGUUGAGAGAGUAAGAGUGUGUAGUGGUGAAAAUAUAUGAUAGCAUUGAUAAAAAUUCAAUUUCAUAUUACUGAAUUGGCUUUGAUAUCAAUACACUGUAUACAAAAGUAAGAA